GGGCCGCCUUUGUUUAGCCUCCGGAUUCUGAAAGAUGUUUGAACGCUACCGUGCAGCCAGACGGCGCAGUGGUUCUGAUAUCCAAUCAAUAUUCCGUAACGAAGUGGAGAUAGCCCGAAGGUCGACACUAGAUUCGUUCGAGAUAAAUGAUGAUGAUGAUGAUGACUGCAGAGGAGAUGGAGAUUCACAUGCCACGCCAAGGACUCGGAGUGGCACCUUGUCAAGUGAUGUUGUCCCUGCUACGGAGUCGCCUGAAAAAUGGGCAACUCCGACGUCGCCGACCAUGCUGAAUGUAAAAGGCUGGAGAUCCUCGGGCGCUCAGGUAGAGUCUCGUUUCACGAAGAACGCGGGGACGGUUGUAAGGCAUUCGCCCGACAGCUUUACUUGGACAAUCCCUCGACUGCACCUUAGUGAGAAGAUAGGCACUACUAGAUUCAGAGUUUGCUCUGAUGCUGAUGGAUGCAAAGAGGGCAGAAAGGGAGCUGAAGUGGCGAUAGAAUAUGCAAAGAAUGAUAAAAACGAGACUAUACUCAAGUUGUACUCGAUGAGAGACCGAUUGGGAUUUAAAAUGAUGAUCGAUGAUAAGGAGAUUAUUGUUAACGAGGAUGCGGCCAAGACGGAUCGCUUCCAAUUCGCAUAUGAAGUUAGAGCGCCCCAACUAGCUGAGAUGUCGUCGUCUUCAAAGGAGUCGCCUCUGAACAUCAAAUGUGAUAUUUUCUCUGUCAACGGCCAGGCUGUGAAUGACGAUUCUGCACUCUAGCUGAAUUUUCCCGUAUUUUUAGCAUGGGUAUUUCUUGCCUGUAGAGCGAUGUGAACUUUGGACUUGUCGAAGAGUAGCCCCGGUUCGAAAGACAUCAUCGUCUUGCUCAUACGUCUGAAACAUUUUCCAGUCUAGUGAUUUUUUAUCUCAAUUUUUCCUAAUAUAAGUGGUCGGUCGUAGCCUCUGUCUCAGCUGAGCUGUCA